CCAACUUUACGCACAAGUUUCCCGGUGAGGAGAGGGGCACAAGGCAGCAUGAAGCGUCUAAAGACUCUCGUCCUCGUGUUGUCCCUUUAUCUGGAUGUGUCCUACGCCCAGAGAGACUGCACCGGCGUGGACUGUCCCGUUUUACGCCACUGUAUCGAGACUAGAUUAGAGACGGGAGCCUGCUGCCCCACCUGCGCACAGAGGGGCUGCACCUGCGAGGGUUAUCAGUACUACGACUGCGUCCGGGCGGGCUUCCGACAGGGGAAAGUCCCAGAAGGAGAGUCUUACCUCGUAGAUUACGGAAGUACAGAAUGCUCUUGUCCCAACGGAGGAGGGAACAUCAGCUGCCGUUUUAUCCCUUGUCCCGCAAUCCCCCCGAACUGCGUCGACGUCCUGAUGCCCCAAGACGGAUGCCCCCAGUGCGGUCGCGUUGGCUGCGUCCACGGAAACAAAAAAUACGACGCGGGGCAUUCGUUCCAGAUCGAAAGCUGUCAAGUUUGUCACUGUCCGAACGAAGGAGGGAGUCCGAUGUGCUCUAUCGUCCCGGGUUGCGUCAAGGAAAACAAUGGCGCUUUGAGAGACGUUAGUCAGACGAAACGCCGCGAAUCUGCGUCCAAUUUUGGAAACACACUACCUUUGUACAAGCCAGGCCCACCCAGUUUUGGCACCGGCGGUUCUGACUACGCAUUGGCACAUCCAACGUCUUCCACUCAAAACCUGGAACGACCGCCGGAAUCUACUACAUUACCACCGACUCGCCGAGAAUCAACCUCCAAUUCGGAUGACGAGCGGAGACGUGAACUCGAGCAGACACAUGGCAGGCCCAAUCCGGAGCAAAGCGGCCAGGGAAAAGUAUCACGUAACAUAAAUCCGACGGUUAGCGAGGCCCACAAAGAGUCACUUCAAACGGGCCAAACCUCACAAGGGAAGACCGCGGCGAGCCACAGACCGCAGCAGCACGGCGCAGACAGAACGUCAAGACACAACGGCGAAAGGAACAACUCCACACGCGCGAGUAAGGCGAGCAGGAACGCCGCCAAAAACACGAAACACAGCCAGAACAGACACCAAUCUGUCAAGAACCAAGAGCAAGAGGAAAGGCCCUAUCCCGCAAUACAGUUCAGCCCCACCAGCAAGGCUCCCGUCCGGAUGAGUGACUUUGGAGAGCAGCCGAAAAGACUGGCCCAGACGCUUCAUAACGCUGAGGAUGGAGAAGCGUCUUCAGGUCGGCUGCUGAUGAGCUGCUGUGAAACUGGGGAGAACUGGGCCUUAACGAACGGACACUGUGAUAACAUGGACCCUCCCGCUCUGGACCGCCACGCCAUCUGCUGGGCGUCCCAACUGCAGUGCUGCCUGGGAACCCUCCAAGAGCAGCGGUGCCUGUCCGGAGUGAAGGCGGCCAUGACCGGAGCGACGUGUGAACGGGACGCCGCCGCCGCUGACAAAUGCGCAGUCGGCUCUUUCAAGGAGUGCUGUAGCUGUUGUUCUCUGGGGCUCCUCGUUCGUGCUGAGGGUCUGUCCUGCGACGCUCACCCUGCUCUGGGCUCACGCUGCAGCCACAUAUUCCAGACCUGCUGUGAGGAGCGCAGCGUCUGGCAACCCGUCAGAGAACGACCCGCUCUGGACCCCACUGCGCCGCCCAAAAGAGUGUCCGACAGUCCGGCGUUCCCCAAAGAGGCCUUCUCUCUGGGGCAGGGCGAGGUCGGGGACAACGCGGUGGAGAGUCCCGUGGAGGUGGAAGACGUGAACGAGUGCGACAUCCACAAAGACAUCUGUCAUCACAAAUGUGUCAACACGCCGGGCUCGUACCGCUGCGAGUGUUUCCCCGGAUACACGCUGCAGGACGACGGCAUCCGCUGCGCCGCAGAGACCGUGGACGACCAGAACAGACUGAAGGAGCACGGCGGCGAGUCCACGUUACCUCUGCCCCCCACAGCGCCCCCUGCCCCACGCCCGUGUGAAGAAAACAACCCCUGUGAGCAACAGUGCACCCCGGUGGACGGAUGGCCUCACUGCUCCUGUUUCCCUGGGUUUGCUCUGGCGAUUAAUAGAUUCUCCUGUGAAGACAUAAAUGAAUGCCUGUCGGCGCAGGUCUGCCAGCUGAACGAGCGCUGCGUGAAUACAGCCGGGAGUUUCAUCUGUCAGAGACGCAUCACGUGUCCCGCGGGCUACGACAUCAUCAACGACAUGUGCGAGGAUAUAAAUGAGUGUGUGCAGGGCGUCCAUGGCUGUGGUCCUGAGUUUGACUGUGUGAACACAAUGGGCUCGUUCAGGUGUAACCCCAAACCCCAGUGCGCCCCGGGAUUCAGCAAAGACCCACAGGGGAACUGUGCAGACGUCGAUGAGUGUUCUUUGAGCCAGCCAUGUGGUCCGAGCUUCAGCUGCAUCAACACGGUGGGGUCCUACGUGUGCAACAGGAAGAUUAUCUGCAGCCGCGGGUAUCACUCGAGUCCGGAUGGGUCCAGAUGCGUCGAUGUGGAUGAGUGUCAGAGCGGCCUGCACAGAUGCGGGGAGGGUCAGCUCUGUCACAAUAUGGCCGGGUCGUACCGCUGCGAAUGCCAGACGGGAUACCAGUACGACUCGUUCAGGAGGAUCUGUGUAGAUAUAAACGAGUGCUGGCGUUACCCGGGGCGACUGUGUGCCCAGACCUGCGAGAACACCCCGGGGUCCUACCACUGCUCGUGUACUGCGGGUUUCCGCUUAUCCGGCGACGCCAAGAACUGCGAAGACGUGAACGAGUGUCUGUCCAGCCCGUGUGGUCAGGAGUGCUCCAACCUGUACGGCUCCUACCAGUGCUACUGCAACCAGGGGUACUUCCUCAGAGAAGACGGACACUCCUGCGACGACAUAGACGAGUGUUCGCGGAGCAUCGGUCAUCUCUGCACCUACAAGUGUGUGAACGUCCCGGGCAGUUACCAGUGUGCCUGUCCUGAAUACGGGUACAGCAUGUCCCCAAAUGGACGCUCCUGCAGAGAUAUCGACGAGUGCACCGCUGGAACCCACAACUGCUCGCUGUCUGAGACCUGCUACAACGUUCAGGGAGGAUACCGCUGCCUCUCGUUCGACUGUCCCCAAAACUACAGAAGAGUGUCCGACACCCGCUGCGAGCGCAUGAGCUGCCCCGACUACCUGGACUGCCAAACGUCUCCCCUCCGCAUCACCUACUACUACCUCAGCUUCCAGUCCAACAUCGUCAUCCCGGCUCAGAUCUUCCGAAUCGGACCGUCCCCCGCUUACUCCGGGGACGACGUCAUUGUCAGCAUCAUCCGGGGCAAUGACGAGAACUACUUUAGCACCCGUAAACUUAACACCUACACGGGUGCGGUGUACCUCCACAGACAGGUGGAGGGGCCUAGGGACUUCCUCAUCACCGUGGAGAUGAAACUGUGGCGUCAGGGGACUUUCACUACGUUUCACGCCCGGAUCUACGUCUUCAUCACCGGAACAUUGCUCUAACGGCACUGAAGAUAUGGACUUUAUAGACAAUAGUAACGCAGACUUUUGACUAUUUAACUAUAUCUAAU